AUGUGGCUGACUUCAACUCUUUCAGGCUCUGCAGGAAUGCGAUUGUUGCUGCUGGUGUCUAGCCUACUCCUUUGGGAGAAUGUGUCCAGCAAACCAACUUCCAAGGUGUCCACUGAAGACCUGUAUAAUCGUUUGGCUGAACUGUCUCAUAAUACAUUUAUCCUGACCGCAGAUNUAUAUAGUGAAUUUACUGAAGACCUUCUGAAAGCAAUGAUCAAUGUUUCUGUUUCCUGGAAAGAACCUCUGAAACACCUGGUGUCUGCACUGACCGCUCUUCCAGGAGCUUCUGAGAAUAUGAGGAAAAAAGCUGCUGAUGUGAAGGACAGAAACCUGUUAAUUCUGGANGGACUUCAGACAAUAUACAACAGGACUCAGGUUAACGUUGAAGAAAAUGAAAAUUUUGACUAUCCUGCCUGGUCUGGNCUCGAAGAAUUGCAGUCACCUAACGAAGACACUCAUCUUUUUGCCAUUUUUAAUCUGUGCCGCUGUAUUAAAAGGGACAUCCAUAAGAUGGACAGUUAUAUCAAAGUCUUGAGGUGCAGAGUUAUCUUUAAGAAUGAAUGUUGA